CCGAAUAUUUAUCAGAGGGAGUAACUGCAAAUUGAGCUACCCACAAAGAAACCGGGAAAAAAAAGUUUAACAAAUUUGUAAGGUUUUCGCAAAAACCCAGAGCAGUUUCACCUCGGAUUCACCCAAAUCAGUGCCAACCUCACAAAUCUAUUGCAAAUUCUCCAUUUGGGUGUCUAUAAGUUGGAAUCUUGAGCACGAAUUCGACAGGAAAAUUAUAUACAAGAGCCUUGAUGUCGGAGGCUUCAAACCAGAGAAAGUAUCCUAAAGUAGGUGCCAAAUCAACUGGAUCAAUCCCUCCUUCCGAGCUCAUUGAAGUUGUUGAGGCUGCCGCAAGAGCUGGCGCUGAGGUGGUGAUGGAUGCUGUCAACAAACCAAGAAAUGUCGCAUAUAAAGGACUAGCUGACUUGGUAACCGACACAGAUAAAAUGAGUGAGAUCGCUAUUCUGGAGGUAAUAAAAAAGAAUUUUGCAGAUCAUUUGAUCCUCGGGGAGGAAGGAGGAAUUGCAGGGGAUACCUCAUCAGACUAUCUCUGGUGUGUUGAUCCUUUAGAUGGAACAACAAAUUUUGCACACUGUUAUCCUAGCUUUGCAGUUUCAGUGGGUGUACUGUUUCAAGGAAAUCCUGCCGCUGCUACUGUGGUGGAAUUUGUUGGGGGACCUAUGUGUUGGAAUACCCGUACAUAUACUGCUACUGCUGGUGGGGGAGCAUUUUGUAACGGACAGAAAAUCCAUCCCAGUAAAACAGAUAAGGUGGAGCAAUCUCUUCUUGUGACUGGGUUUGGAUGUGAACAUAAUGAUGCAUGGAAUACCAACUUCGAAUUAUUCAAGGAAUUUACCAGCAUUAGUAGAGGUGUAAGAAGGCUUGGUGGUGCAGCUGUGGACAUGUGCCAUGUAGCUCUAGGAGUAACGGAAGGGUACUGGGAAUAUCAUCUAAAACCAUGGGAUAUGGCUGCUGCUGUAUUGAUAAUUGAAGAAGCUGGUGGCGUUGUGACUCGGAUGGAUGGUGGAAAGCUUUGCGUCUUUGAUAAAUCUGUGUUGGUAUCUAAUGGUGCAAUUCAUGCUAAGCUUCUGGAGAGGAUUGCACCCGCAACAGAGAAACUGAAGAGUAAAGGAAUUGAUUUCUCAUUAUGGUAUAAGCCUGAAAAUUACGUCACAGAUCUUUGAUUCGCCAAACAGACACUUGUGUUUCGUGACAGCAGGAGCUUGCCAAAUCGAGGAGCCCGACGAACAAAGCUUUUAAUAAAUCUGCUCUUGGUGCCUUGCGAUAGAGUUUUACCGGAAAACCCACCAGCAUUAUGCGAUUAGAAACAUAAUAAGUAUAUUUUCUCUUUGUUAAUAAAGUACUGUCUGCCGUUAUCAACUGUUCUAUUACAGUUGUGUGUGUAUUUUACUUUUUUAUUUUGAUUUGCCAUCACAUUUUAUUUUUGUUUAUAUUCGAUAUAUUUUUUUUGAUGUAAAAUAAACAGAAGAAAUUAACAAAAUUAUCUAAAAAUAUUCAGCGGAUAUACUGUAAACAACUGUAGUCCUGCAUUUUUGUCAAAAGCUAGUUUAGUGAUAUUAUCUGUUUC